AAUUCUUCCUUAUUUAUCAUCCUCCUCUUUCUCUUGUUCCGAUCCUUCCCUUGGGUUCAUUCAAUCCAUAAUAAUCUCCAAGUUGUUAGCUGCGUUGUGUGGUUGGAGAGAUAAGUCCGAUGGCCCUCAACCUCAUCUCUCCUUCCGCUUUCCUCCACUUUCUCUCCAACCGCCUUUCCGCAGGAGGGUUUCCUUCCGUUCCUCGCCGCCGACCUGCCUCCCUAUUCUGUUGCCAGCUAUCUCAGCAGCAGCAGCAGCAGCAGACUUCGCCAAGGUUGGGAAUUCCAUCGCCACCGGGUAGGAUUGAUUGUUCGCUGUUGUCUGUGUCGGCAGCGUGUUCUGAGGAGGAGCUCUGGGCCGCUGCGUGUCUCCGAGUCCGGACAUUCUACGACUUUGACCCGGAGAUGUUUGGCAUCGAAGAUCAUAAAAGAUACUUGGCUGAACAUGAAUUUGAAGCCCUGAAAGAACGAGUAGCAGGAAAAAGUAAGGGCUUUAGAAAAGUUUCUUGUAUCAAUGCCACGUUACCGACUUCUGUGGUGUUGAAUAUCUCAGAUGACUUGUGUCCUUCUUGCAAAUUUUCUCAAAAUGGAGAAAAUCGAGUUGUCGUUGGAACUCUAGACAUAAAUCAGUGUAUGUCUCUUCCAGGUGAAAUCAUGGGAUUGAAGCCUCAGGGAAUCGGUGCUGAUUUUGCCAGGGCAUAUAUUAGCAAUGUAUGUGUGGCUAAAGAGUUACAUCGAAAUGGCUUGGGCUAUGAGCUGAUUCAAGAGUCAAAGAGGGUUGCAGAACAUUGGGGAAUACGCGACUUGUAUGUUCAUGUUGCUGUGGACAACGAGGGUGCUAAGAACCUAUAUUUGAAGAGUGGGUUCGAGUUGGAGAGCGAAGAACCUGCAUGGCAAGCCAGGUUUUUGAAUAGGCCCCGGAGGUUACUUUUGUGGACAGCGCUUCCAAUAACAUAUGAAUUAUAAGGCACAGUAUUUAUUCACUAUAUUCCCAUCCCAAUCCCAUAGAUAAGGCAGGCGGCAUGGUAUGUAAUUUAAAUAAAAAUCUUAUAGUUGCUCGCACCCAAUGAUAGGUACGGUACAGUAGGCUGCGUACAUUCUUGUAUGAUACCAUCAAUCACUCUCUAGACGUUAUUUAUCCUAUAAUCUAUUAUUAUUAUUAUUAUUA